UUAUUUUCAAUCGGGUGUGGUGUUCAAUUAUUCGAAACUGGAUGGAAGCGCGCUGGAUGAAAACAGCACACAGCACGAAAAUAAUCGGGGUUUUCUCCUCAAAUGGACUGAUUAACCGACACCCUGGAGAUUGAGGAUAUGAUAUCAGCCUGUGAAACACAGGAAUUUGUACCAUUUGGAAGAAACUAUAUCGAAAAACAUCCAGGAAUAUUUCAACUUCAAGUACAGAAUCAUGUAUGUACAGAACAAGGAGUGCCCUUGGUCAAGUCAUUCCGAGAUAUUUCCAUCACAGAUUCUAAAAAGCCAAAAGAACAGUGGUCAUUCAAAAGGCAGCAUAAAUCUUGUCCGUCUGACCAUGACACCUGUGAUGAGGAACUGUAUGUGAGUGGAAACACGGUCAUCUGGAGCCAUGGGGGGCACGGGGGAGUGCAGCAUAUCCUCAAAUCCUUCACCAUGGACACACCUGUUCUACAGGCACUUUGGUUUGAUUUCAUUUUACCAAAUACAGAGACAAUUCCAGAUCCCCCUAAUUCCUUGGAUAUUGAGGGGGAGCUUCAGUCAGGAAUCUGUGUGGUGGAGAUGGGCUGUGUAAGCUGUUUCUGUGAAACAGGAGAGGAAUACUCCAUGGCACUGCCAUUUCAGAUUGCUAAUGUUUGGAAGAUGAAGAAUGGCCUCCUCUUUGAAAGAACGGUGUCAGUAGCAGAGUCAAGUAAUGCUAAACGAAGUUUCCCAAAUCAAACCACAUUGUUCAGUAUGUUACAUUGCUUGGAUGAAGUUUCACCAGUAAUUAUGAGAACAAAUGCCAGUGGUGGGUUGAAGGUCUCCUACAUGACGGACACUUCUCAGCACAUUGUAUUUACCAGUGUAGAACCAUCCAUAGCCCUCAUGUACGACACACAGCUAGGAAUUCACUCAGCCUGGAAAAUUCAAAGGGCAAAAUUUGAGGACUGUAACUUAGUGUGUGGUUCAAUGGACACCAGCCUCUACCAUCCUGUCCCUGGGACUCCCCUCAACAACCAGUCCAGCUGUAGCUCGCGAUACUUUGGCAACCUUUCCUCCCAGUCACCCAGCGUGUCCCCUAUGAGAAGUUUUUCGGGGAGAAUUAGUUCCCCUGGCGGCCUCCAUCUUCCUCAGCCCAUCAGUCCCAUGAUUUCUAACAUCACAGCAUCCAGGUCACAGUCACCAGCCAUAACAAGUGGUUCUCUUCACCGAUUUCACACCCCAUCUCCUAGCCUCAGCAGACAUUCAGGAAACUACUUCAGAACACCCCCAGUUUGUUCCAAUAAUGUUUCCCUCAUCAAUGAAAGCUUUACAGAGUGGGUAGAACCUCUCAGACCAGAAGUCUGUUUAGAGCACAUCUGGACUGAGCCAGCUCCAGCAAUUAGGGAUGGAUCCCUGGGGAAGUCCAGCAAAGUUUUCCAGAUGAAAGAUCUCUGUGGACAGCAAUACCUGUGUUACCUUGUGUCAUACAGACAGCAGUUACGGUAAGUCAUACAGAAUAAUUAUGGUAAAUCAAAUUAUUGUAUGGUUCCUUGUGUCAUACAGACAACAAUUAUUGCAAGCUCAUGAGCUUUUCCAAUUGAGAGUUUAAAUCUGUUAGUGAUACUUGAUCCAAAUGGAGUAUUAUUUAUUUACAGUGGUGUAACCAAGAUAAAUCGCCUCCAUGUUUCCACACUGCCUCUAGGAUCUGGGUCUAUAGAAAUAUAUGAAUUAAUCAACGGCAGUAUGUGUAGAGCUGUGAUGCCCAAAUCCUCAGCCUCACCUGGGAUUGAGAAAUGUUUACUGUCACUAAGACACAUGUUGCCGCGAGAUGUCGCCAUCACUAUCCUUGGUAAAUGGUACACGGCCAGAAAUACGCCAGGAGGGUUAGGGAACCAGUCAGAGUGGGCUCUGUUUACCAAAACUUUGUUUGGACUCAUGGGAUACGACACAUCCAGACUAGCUUUGACUCGUCAGGAAGAUGCAGACAUAUCAGCUUCACCCUUGAUGCUUGCCAAAAAACCCAGACAGUCAGAUCAGGGCUCAGAUGAUGACUGGGAUACCAUGAUAGGUUCUGACCAUCAUAAGUUGGUGAAAUCUGUGUUUGAGAAAAGUCUGGGAUUUCAGGCUCCCAUUGACAAGUUGCAGACCUCGAAACACUCCCUCCCGUCCUCAGUUAACACUUCUGCUGUGCUGUUUCUACAGAUACCAGCUGUGUUCAUAGCAUUGCAUCUUACAUUUGAGGAAUUACAAUUAAAUACAACUCUAGUUGAAGAGGUUGAAAAUUUAGUGCCUAUUUUAUAUCAACUUUCAAGUGACCUAAGAAGAUCGAACUAUGCAGAUUAUUACUGUAGGAAAUUCCCAUCUUUGUUUGACAGUUGUAGUGAUGAAGAAAGCCAAAUAACGGAAGAGCAUCUUUCGAGACUGCAGUACCCCAAUUUAGAUUUUGAUUAUGUGUUCUCUGUUGAUCAGUGGGUUUGUUUUGCCUUGAGGCAAGUGGAGAGUAGACCCUUUCCAUAUAUUCCUGCUGUUUCUAAUCUUACUAAAAGCAUUAUUUCGCUGUAUGCAGUCCUGGUCAAACAGCAUAUGACAACAGAGCAAGCAGUGGAUCUUUGCCUAAGAAGGCUUGCCCCAGCAGGUCACAGGGGACCGGUACCAGAUCUGUCUCUCUCUAGAAGUUUUUCUGUGACAGUCCCAACAAACAGUGUUCAAGAAAGGAUUGUGUUGUACAUGACAGACUUAGGCAUGACUCUAGAUGACUUGGAAUAUUUACCCAUAGGUCUAUCCUUGCCUUUAAGAGAAGCAAUAUUUCACUGCAGAUAUAAUCCCCCCUCUGACUGGCCAGAAGAACCUUAUAUUCUCAUUGGACGUCAGGAUUUAUCACAGCUUCUGUCUCUUGGCAAGACCAAAAAAGUGUGUUCCCCAGGAAUGUAUUCCUAUAAGCCUUACCCAGAUGUAGAGGGAACACAGUAUGAAGAGGAUGGCAUGGAACAUUUAGACCAAGAGCUUUUGAGGUUAAGAUUCUCUGAAGAUUUACGGGUGUCAGAAGCCAGGCGACUUCUUCAGUCCUCACGUCCAGCAAGAAUUGCCUUAACCCAGAGACCAGAGGUCAGCGAUCAUGAUUUUAUUGAGGAGCAAGAGAGACAUUUGUACAAUAUUUGCAUAAGAACCAUGGCUCUUCCAAUUGGACGUGGGAUGUUCACCCUAUGCACAUAUCACCCUCUCCCAACUGAACCUCUGCCGAUUCCCAAGCUGUGUCUACAGGGAAGAGCUCCACCAAGAAAUGCCACUGUAGACUUAACACAUAUAGAUACCCCAGCCAACAUGAGCACAUGGCCACAGUUUCACAAUGGAGUGGCAGCAGGAUUAAGAAUGGCAGACUUUUCACAGGUUGACUCCACUUGGAUAUUGUACAACAAACCAAAAGGAAAUGAAUUGACCAAUGAAUAUGCAGGAUUUCUGAUGGCUCUUGGUUUGAACGAGCAUCUCAUACAUCUUCACUCCUUAAAUGUACAUGACUAUCUCAGCAAAGGUAGUGAAAUGACAACAGUCGGACUUCUUCUUGGUUUGGCAGCAGCAAAGAGAGGUACCAUGGAGUUUGCCACCACUAGGAUUCUGAGUAUCCACGUGGCAGCUUUCCUUCCUCCCACUUCAACAGAACUGAACGUCCCUCACAAUGUCCAGGUGGCAGCCAUCUUAGGUGUAGGUCUGGUGUAUCAGGGCACCGCCCAUAGACACACAUCGGAAGUACUGCUGUCAGAGAUAGGGCGGCCCCCAGGACCAGAGUUAGAUAACUGUACAGACAGAGAAUCCUACUCACUGGCCGCUGGGCUGGCUCUGGGACUCAUCAUGUUUGGAAAAGGCAAUGAGGUGAUCGGUACAUCUGACCUUGGGAUGGCAGAUACACUCUGUCACUUCAUGACGGGAGGACACAAGCGCCCCCUGAUUGGAAACAACAAGGAAAGAUACAAAGCCCCCAGCUAUCAGAUUAAGGAAGGAGACAACAUCAAUGUGGAUGUGACUUCCCCUGGUGCCACACUGGCUCUGGGCAUGCUUUACUUCAGAACUAACAACAGUGCAGUCAUAGACUGGUUAAGAGUACCAGAUACACAGUUCAUGUUAGAUCAAGUCCGUCCUGAUUUUCUAAUGCUAAGGACCAUAGCUCGAGGACUUGUCAUGUGGGACUAUGUCGUCCCAAGUUUUGACUGGAUCAAGUCAAUGAUUCCAAUGAUCCUCCAAGAGAGAGCCUUUGAGAGAAAACAAGGAGAGGGGGAGGAAGUCAUGAUUGAUUAUGAAACCAUGAGCCAGAGUUACUGUAAUGUGGUGGCAGGAGGCUGUAUGGUGAUUGGUCUGAAGUUUGCGGGAACAGCCAAUCAAAUGGCAUUUGGAACACUGAUGAAGAGCAUCAAGCUGGCUCUGACCAUCAUGUCCAGUCAGUCCCACGUAGAACAGACGGGGAGAGGUGUACUGGAGAACUGUAUGGUCACCAUUCUUCUCUCCUUAGCCAUGGUGAUGGCAGGUUCCGGUAAUCUUGAGGUCCUCAGGCUUUGCCGUAUGCUGCGUUCUCGGAUUGGACCCCCACAUAAUAUCUUUGUGACCUAUGGAUCCCACAUGGCAAUCAGUAUGGCUGUUGGUCUACUGUUUCUGGGAGGUGGCAGGUACUCCUUGAGUACAGCCCCAGAGGCAAUAGGUAUUAUGCUGUGUGCAUUCUUUCCCAAGUUUCCAUUCCACAGCAAUGAUAACAGGUACCAUUUACAAGCUUUCCGGCAUCUGUAUGUUCUGGCCACAGAAGCAAGAGUUGUCCUUCCUAGGGAUGUAGAUUCAGGGGAACCUUGUUAUGUACCUCUGGAAAUCAAAUUCAAGGAUACAGAUGACUAUUCAGGAGAAUGUUUUAGGACAUCUGCGCCUACUCUUCUACCUCAACUGGAUAAAAUUAAAGAGGUCAAAAUACUUGGACCCAGAUAUUGGCCAAUAACAUUUCAAAUUGACAAAAACUGGAGUACUCUACAAUUGCUUCUUAAGAAAAAUGGUGUUCUUUUUGUAAAGCAGAGGGCUGGCUAUUUAUCUUAUGUUCUGGAUCCAAAGGGAUACAGGAGUAUGUUAGCAAAAUCUUUAACUAGUGAUCACUCAAGUCAUACCUCAGUGCAGCCUGAUGUUAUUAAAGCAUUCACAUCCGAUCCUGUUAUUUCAUCAAUGGCUGAUUAUUUCCUUAAAGGAAAAGAGAAUUGUCAGAGAAGCAGAACCCUUCAAAAGUUGUCCUCCAUAUUGUACUCCAGUGUGACCCGAGAAAAACCUGAGGUCAUCUCAACUCACAUGAGACUUGAUCAGGUCCUGAACCAGUCCAGUUUCUCUUUGUCCCACCUUGGGAUUACACAACUGAAGAAUAUUUUUGCCUACUACUAUAGUUCCUUCAGCUUUAGGAAAUCUGGCAGCAUUUCUACUGCUCAGCUGCUCCAAAUGGAGUUUCUGUUGGCAUUAAAAUCUCACCUGGAGGAAAAGCUUGAUAAAUGGCAAGCAGCCAACAUGGAAGUUAUUGUGAAAUAUCUACAAACCAACACUGUUAGAGGCUGUGACAUGUCCCUCCUAUCGGCCUAUGUCACGUGGUACGAUAUUCCAACCCCAGCCGAGAUUUCAAAAAUUAUUGUGGAAGGAGGCCCUACAUUACCUGUGCUGUGUGCCACACUCCCACACUUACCUGUCAACACUGUGAUGCAGAUUCUUACAGCGUGGCAGGCCGCUGUGUGAUAUUAACAUGAACAGAUAGACAUCAUUUGCAUAAAAUAACAAAUAAUUUUGAAUUACAGGAAAUGAAUUGUGAACUAGAAAAAUAAGAUAUUUAUAACUCCAAGAGUUAUCAAUAUGUUCUGUACAGUGGAAUAAAUUCUUUAUGGAUGUUUAUAAUUUCAUGACAUUUCAUGCAGAAUAAAUUUUCAUGACAUUUCUUAACAAAUAAAAUCAAACAAUACGA